UGGAGAAAUAGAUGUUUCAUCAUGUCUGUCUACAGAACAGAUCAAGCUUUCAUCUGUCUUCUGAUUGUCAUGAUGGUAGGAGGCGAGGUGCAGGAAAACCUUUCAUCCGAGUGUAAGCAGUUUUUGUAUAUGGGAACGCUGCUUCGAGGGCUUCAAGAGCAGUCGUUUAAAAAGAUUUGCCAGUUCUAUGGGGGUAAGCCACGAUUUGUAACCCUCUACGACACCUUCAACCACAUCCCUAUUUAUUCUGCCUACACCUUCAAGCGCUCAGACGGCUCCAAGAAAGUGGACGUGCCUUGGAUGUAUGAGCCGCAGCUCUCCUCAGUGUCCGGCCCCAGAGACAUGCAGCAGCUGCCUUCAGAAAAUGUGCACGGGAGUUUUGAGGAUGCUCAGGCUGUGCUUGAGGACUACUCCGACACUGUGAUCUACGAACGCGGUCAGCUCAAUCCAGAUGAGCACCAGGCCGACCCUGAAGACAAAGCAGCCACCUACACGUUGACAAAUGUGGUUCCUCAGGCUCGUGAGUUCAACAUUGGUCCAUGGAAACAACACGAGAACACCAUCCGCAGGAGGCUCAACAACUACUGCAGGGGAACCGCCUACGUGGUCACCGGGGUCACCACGUCGGGCCACACAAUCCGCCGUCACAACAUCAACCGUGUGGGCAUCCCUACCUACCUGUGGUCAGCCUACUGCUGCCCUGAUUAUGACCACAAUGCUCCGUACUCCGAGCGCUCCAAGUUCCCUGCAUUUGCAUCUCGUGGGCUCAACGACAGAGAAAAUAAUAAAGUUAUAGAGAUGACGGUGCAGCAGCUGGAGGAUUUCCUGAAGAGAGUAACUUAUGUUGACAGCUCUUUCCAGAUCUUCUAUGACAACUGCCUGCCUCCUAAUGGUGCACCACAUUUGUCUUAAAAAAAAAAAAUUACAUUUCCAUUAGUGUGUAAAACAAUCAAAAUUUUUGUUCAUCUUCACGUUAUCUCUGGCAAACCCAUGCUCCUUAUAAAUUAAAACUACACCUGCCUCUGUAGGCCUUUUGUUCAGGACAGAGAUUAGACCAGCUGUUUUACAUUUUCUCAUACACCUUAACUACAGCAGUUCUCUGCACCUCAGUUUGCACUAGUUCUACAGCCUUAGAAGAGCAUUUCUAGAUUUUGGGAAAAGUACUAGCUGCUAAUUGCUCUGACAUUUGGAUUUCAAACUGUACCAUUAAAUGUGAACUACACACAAAAAACCUCCCAACA